AUGGCGGAACUGGAGGAGCGGGCUGUCCUGCGAAAGGACCAGCUGGAAAUUACCCUGGGCAAUGAAAAUCUUCUGAUCAAGGAGGGUACCAUCAAGGAUGAUAACCCUCUAGAUCUGAGUGAGCCCUUCCGGGAACUCUGCAGUGCUUGCCGUAAGGGCGACCUGAAAGUCUGCCAGGAAAAAAUCACCGAGGGGGUCAAUGUGAAUGCCCGUGAUGCAUAUGAUUACACUCCGUUGAUUCUGGCGAGUCUCUGCGGGCACUAUGAAGUGGCGCAAUUGUUAUUGGAGUCUGGUGCGCUCUGCGAGAGAGACACUUUUCAAGGCGAGAGAUGUUUGUACAAUGCCCUGAAUGACCGCAUACGAAACCUCCUGCUCGAGUACGACUAUUCGAAGUCAACCGAUCCGCUGCAGCCUCUUGCGGCACAUAUUUCGUCGCUUCUUACUCGCCCUUCACCGGUGACCACAGAUAUUGAGGUGGCGGCGUCUGACGAAUCGGUCCACUUGCAUAAGUUUAUCUUGGCUGCUCGAUCCCCGUAUUUCCGUGGAAAGCUCGCAGCCGCCCCAGAAUCAACAUCUUGGAAGCUCCCCAGCAGUAUUUCUCCAGAUGCCUUCACUGCAGCAAUUAGAUACCUUUACCUUGGAGAGCCUCCGCGCGAGCUGAGGAGUGGACCUGGUACUGGGUUUACUGAGUCAGAGGUAUUUGCGGCGAUCGAUAAGAUAUCCAAAUACCUUGAAAUCCAAAGCCUGAUGGACAGUAUCCUGGACAGUGGAGAUAGGAGAAUGGCCAGACAGCGAAGGACUUUAGAGCUUGCAAAGGGCCGGGAUCAAAUGGAAGAGUGGUUCCGUGCCAACGUUCUCGGAAACAAGGUGGUUAUCAAGACAUCUCAAUCCAGUCAGGUGAAGUGGGAUCGGAACAACACAAUCUUUGCCGAUGUUCUUCUGCAAGCAGACGAGCUUCCUGAUGAGGUCGAGGAGGGUCAAGCUCCGAAAUCAGUACUUUUCCCAUGCCACCGUGCAAUGCUCCUUCGCUCUGAGUUCUUCCAAACGAUGUUCUCGUCAUCGUUCCGCGAAGCCCAGAUCACAGAUCAUUUGCACAUUAUUGACGUCGACUGCGCACCCGAUGUACUGGAGAUCGUCCUCACAUUCUUGUACACCGAGCGGGCCGAUUUCCCCUUGGAAGUUGCAGUAGACGUUCUCUUUGCGGCUGACAUGCUUUUCAUUGAGAAACUGAAGACAAAGGCUGCCGUUGUAAUUAGCACUUUGGGCAGUGGUGGCAUGUCUCAGGCUGAAGCUGCGAAAACCCGGGGCAAAGAUGAGGAUGAUAUUGAUAUCUAUGCUAUUAUGCGUGCUGCCUGGUUGACCCGUGUCCAGCGCCUGGAGGAGUUUGCUGCCCGAUUCCUGGCAUACCGAUUGGAGGCCCAUAUUGAUACUCCCGAGUUUGCGGAACUGAUCGCCGAGUCAGCAUCGCGUAUCAAGGCGCGUCAGGAGACCGACUCUAUUGAAUUGCUGGAUGAUAUUCGGUUCUAUCUCAAUGAACGCUUCCGGUUGAGAUUUGAUGAUGCAGGCCUUGACGAGAUGAUGGAUGAAACGCCGAAAGCUGCCAACGGCGAUGAACCGGAGCUGCAAGAUGUUGAUAAGAUUAUAGAUGGCGUUAAAGCACUCGACGUGUCGAACGGUAACGUCAAUGGCAAGGAUGAAAGUGACCAACAGCAGCACGAAAACAUUCGUGGAAUCCGCACCCUAGACGGUGUUAUGGUCGAAGACGAGUUCGACGAAGAUGCCAUGAACUAUGAGAUUUUGAUGGAGAAGCUAGAUGCUCUUUUGGUGACUUUGAAUCUCGAUGCUUAA